AUGUGCCAUACCGGCCCUCAGGUGAUGACAUUGCCUCUUCCAGAGUUUUUGAUACCCUCCGGUCUAGUCAUUUUGGUGCUGGAUGUGCAUCAGGGUUGGAAAGCUUCUGAUAGUCAUGGGAUUUUACACUUCAGUACUGGAAUUCUUGAUGGUGAAGGUUCGGUGGAGAGUGGUUUGGGCGAUUGGGAAGGUUGGGAAGGUUUUGGUGUCUCCAGAAUGGUUGUAGGGGGUUCGUUUGAAUCAUUUGGCUCUGAUGAUGGUGACAGCGGUCUGGAUUCUCUAUCUCCCCCUGACUGUGUCCUAGUGUAG